UGGAUUGUCAUUCAGCAGAGAGUUGAUGGCUCGCAAAGUUUCAAUCAACUUUGGGAUGAAUACAAAUCAGGUUUUGGUGUUUACGACAAAAACUUCUGGCUGGGCUUGGAGAAGAUGCACCAACUGACGACAUCGGCUGAUUACAGGUUGAGAUUUGAAGUUCUCAUCAAUGGUGUUUGGUACUCUGAUGAAUAUGAUCAUUUCACGAUCAAAUCAGAAACUCAAAAAUAUUCCUUCCACGUAUCCGGUUACAUCGGUGAUAAGUGGGAUGUUUCGGACCUCCACAACGGAAUGAUGUUUUCAACUCCAGAUCAGGAUAACGAUCAAUUGCCAUCAGCUAGUUGUGCUUCGGUUUAUAUAUCAGGAAACUGGUUCAACCAAUGUGACCAUCAAAACUUAAAUGGCGAGUAUGGUACC